AUGUCGAACGUGAAAGAGCAGGUCUCUCAAGUGGUCGGAUCGGCGAAAGAAGUGGCACAGAAUGUGGGGGAACAGGUCUCCGAUUUCUUCCAAGGAAACCCGUUCGCGACACCGGUUGGCAAGAAAAUAGAACUUGCCACCGACUCUAAUUUGUUGGCCACCGAAAAUUGGGGUCUGAAUAUGGAGAUUUGUGAUUUCAUCAAUGGAUAUGAAGAUGGUCCAAAGGAUGCAAUCCGAGCUAUUCGAAAACGACUUCACAGUCAAAUGGGCAAAAAUAAUACGAUUGUCAUGUACACGUUGACCGUUUUGGAGACAUGUGUUAAGAAUUGCGAUCAUCGAUUUCAUCAUUUUGUUUGUCAAAAGGAUUUCAUUUUGGAUUUGGUGAAGUUGAUUGGACCGAAAUUCGAUGCACCACAGAUUAUCCAGGAACGAGUGUUGACGUUGAUUCAGUCAUGGGCUGACGCUUUCCGAAAUGCUCCCGAUCUUCAAGGAGCCGCUCAAGUGUAUGAAGAUCUCAAAGCAAAGGGUGUUGAAUUCCCGGCCACCGAUUUGGACACCCUUGCACCGAUCAUCACACCAAAACGAACUGUGUUUACGGAACCACCACCACAACAGCAACCACAAGCUCCCGAUGGUUCAACCACAAGCGACGUAACUUUAAACGGAAUUUUAUCAAAGCGGUGUAAAGUUUCAUUUGAAACUUUUCAAACGACUCUUUUCUGGACCUACCAAGUCGCUCCUGUCUCUGAGACGCCUGUUCAAGCAAAUUCCGAACAAUUGGUGAAACUGAGGAAUGAUAUCGAUAUGGUGAAACUCGAAUUUGAAGUAACACUUCGAUUAUCGUUGAGCUUAGCUAGGUUUUCCGGAGAGAUGCUCACAGAGAUUGUCCCAAAUAAAGUUACCCAAGACGAAUUGCAAUUGAUCCUGGAGUUGAAUCAAGCGUGUCGACAAAUGCAACAAAGGGUGUUGGAAUUGAUUGGACAAGUGUCGAAUGAUGAAGUGACACAUGAGCUUCUCGUGUUGAACGACGAAUUCAACAGCGCAUUUGAGAAAUACGAGCGUUUCAUGUCGAACAAAGAUGCAGAGCAACCGUCCGACGCAGCCGACUCAAGAGGGAGCAGUGUUGAGUUGAUCGAUGUGCAAGUCCCUUCUGCUCCUCAAACUGUUGCCGACCAAUUGGAAGCUUUGAAACUCUCCUCAACCACCAACCAACCAUCAGUGAUUGAAGAAGCUUACCGAGCCAAUGCUGAACCCCAAGCCUCGGUGGGAAUUCGACAAGCAGCCGGUGAUCGAUCGUUGUCCGUUAGUGAAAGGGAAGCAGCGGAGAUGGCCGAUUGGUUGAAUAUGCAAGGGAAAACAACAAACGAAAAACACGAUCCCGAGAAUGACAAGCUG